GACAAAAAACAAAUAUAAUUGUUGAUUUUGGCUGGAAGUUUUAUUAUUAUUGCUAUUUAUCUAAUCAUUUCAUGGUUAUUGAUUAAAUUUUAAAUUAUGGUUAUUUAAUUAAAAUUCUAAAAAAUUAAUAUUGAAUUGAUCGAUUGGAAAAAUUAAAAAAUAAAUAAAUAAAUAAAUUGAUGGAUUGACUGAAUGAAGGACAAGAAUAAAUAAAUGAUAAUUUGUUAGAAUAGUUGAUUGAUUGAUUGGUUGAAAAUGAAUGAAUGAAUAAAUGACUGACUGAUUGAUUGACGUAAAAUCUGUAAUCUUCUAUUUAUUUUUUGGCAAAAAUAUUUUGUUCCACAUCUCUGCGGAAUAGAGCGAGCAAGUUACAAUUGAGAAUUACAAUCCCUUGCCUUUGACAUGGCGACAAACAACAACAACGACAAUGUCUAAAGAUUUAGUAGAAGCAGCCAAGAACGGCAACCUAGACCGCGUCAGUUACAACGUCAACCACCUAGGCGUGCCUAUAGACAGCAGGCAUCCACCAACAGAGGGACCCACUGCCCUUUACUGGGCAGCUUGCAACGGCUACGAAAAGAUAUGCGACUGGUUGAUUAGACACAAAGCCGAUCCGAAUGUCAUCUUGCCGAGCUCUGGUUCGACGCCGCUUCACGCUGCGGCUGAUCGCGGCCACUAUAACUGCGUGUUGUGUCUCAUAUCUAGUACCUUUUUAUUAAAAGUCAGUAAGAGUCAGUUUUCGCCUAGAAAAAGCACCGAUUUAUGUAGAAAAAUUGAGAAAAAUCGACCAAAAAUUGAGACUAUUCAUCUCUAUAAGAAUAGUCAGGCUAAAGAAACUUAUUCAUACAUACGAUUACGAAAGUGUGUGAAUGAUUGUGAAGCCAACGGUAGCGAAGUCAACAGGCAGACGACGAACAACGGCGAUACGGCGCUGCAUUUGGCUGCCUACAGGAACUACCCAUCCAUCUCUCGACUCCUCCUAGAACAUGGGGCCAGUCUUAUGUUAGUCAACAAGCAGGAUAGAACGCCUCUUGAUGAGGCGUGCCUGAAGAACAAUGUUGAGGUCAUCCAGCUGCUUACCAAAAAAUUAGGAAUGAAACAUCAAAAAAUUAUUAUCAAUAUAGACAAAUCUCAAAAACGUUAUACAAACCCGAAAACAGACAAAUCCCAUAACGCAUUUCAAAACGAAUCCCAAAACCUCAGACAAAUCUCAAAUCAAAUCCCCAAACACCUGACAGGCUCAUCAAAAAACAACAGAUCCUUCUACAACAGUGACGACAGAAUCGGUAUCCAACCAUUCGAUAUAGGCCCAGAACAAACACAAUCGACCCUAAGCGAACUUCACCGGUAUCAAGUAUUCGACGAUUACGAGACCACAUCCCUAACCUCGUGUAGUUUUAACAAUUUUACUCCAUCUAGUCAGGGCAGAAGGAAUUCGAAGAGUAGCAAACCUCUGAAAAAUUUAACCCCAUCAGAAAGAAUAGCAGAGCUAGAGUCGUUGGUGGAAACGCUGACGGAAGAUGUCACAAAUAAAAAUUUUUAUAUAUCGUCUCUGAGACGAGAGAACGAGAAUUUGAAGAAAAAACUAGGCUUGCAUGAUGAUUUUAAAUUGAAUAAAAGUUGA